GUCCCAUAUGUUUAUCUUCUAGGUGAAAUUGAUCUUCAAAUUCUCUCCAAAGUUCAGGCUCAAUACCCAGGAGUUUGUAUCAACAAUGAAGUUGUUGAGCCAAGUGCUGAGCAAAUUGCCAAGUAUAAAGAGCUUGUAGCCAAGACAUCAAACCUCAAGAACAUAAAGUUUGCUUGGCAUAAGGAGACAUCAUCUGAAUAUCAAAGUAGAAUAUUGGAGAAAAAGGAGCUUCAAAAGUGGGACUUUAUUCAUAUGAUUCAGAUGUUGUAUUAUGUAAAAGAUGUCCCAGCUACCCUGACAUUCUUCCAUAGUCUCUUAGGUACCAGUGCUAAGAUGCUCAUUAUUCUUGUGUCAGGAAGCAGUGGUUGGGCCAAGCUGUGGGAAAAGUAUGGAUCACGCUUACCCAGGGAUGACCUCUGCCUGUAUAUCACAUCAUCUGACCUCACUCAGAUGCUGGACAACCUAGGGCUUAAGUAUGAGUGCUAUGACCUUUUGUCCACCAUGGACAUAUCUGACUGCUUUAUUGAUGGGAAUGAAAAUGGAGACCUGCUUUGGGAUUUUUUGACUGAAACCUGUAACUUUAAUGCCACAGCACCACCUGAUCUCAAAGCAGAGAUUGCAAAAGAUCUACAAGAGCCUGAAUUUAGUGCUAAGAAAGAGGGUAAGGUUCUUUUUAAUAAUAGUCUGAGUUUCAUAGUGAUUGAGGCAUAACUAUCAAUCACAAAAGUGUAUUUAAAAAUUACAUUUUGAACGACUCUGAUCACUCAUUUAUUUCCAUAUUAAAUUACAAAUACAUUCAUUGAUGUAAAUAAAGCACUGUUUUCAUAUGAGAUGCAGAGAAUUCCAAGACAUUAUUGGACUUCCAUGUGGGAUACUGCUGGUCUUAUCUUGUCCCUCCUCCAGGUAGAGACAUCACAUGCAGACUCAAUAUAACAUAAGCUAGAAAAAUUAGACAACUGAAUUUCUAUGGCUUGUUGAUGACAAAAUUUAUUCCAUUUGCUGAUUGUCUGAAUUUUUCUUGAAUACUAAUAAAAUAUACACUAUAGGUUCUUUGUUAGUGAAGUAUCCACUUAUCAGUACUUUGAACACAAAGCCUGUGUUGCAACUGAAUUUCCAUGACUUAUUGACAAUAAAAUUCAAUCCAUUUCCUGAUUGUCUGAAUUUUUCUAGAAUAACUAAUAAAAUAUAUACUAUGGAUUCUUUAUUAGUGAAAUACGUACUUGUAAAUACUUUGAACACAAAGCCCAUGUUACUGAUUUGGCCCUUUUGUGAAGAAGUGUUUGUCUUUAUACAUUCUUCUAUUGUAUUUUCUAUCUUAUUUGUAUUACUUUUUAAGAGUAAGUACCUUUACAAUAUUACAAAAUUAAUUCUUUAUCAUGUGUUGUCAUUUCUUCCCAUUCUUUUCUCUUGUAAUUUUAUCCAUGAAUAACAUUUUUGUUUGUCUUUUUGAUAUACUGAAAAUUUUCUAUUAUAUUUAGCCAAAUUUGUUUGUUUUUUAAGUCUGGUCUUCUGAAAAAUUUUAAAAGACCUUCUAAAACCGAGAUUUUAGAACACUAACAUAUUUUAUUAAAAUAAAAUUACAGUUUUUUUUUUUUUUUUUUUUUUUAGAAAAAAGAAAUCUAUAAUAUGUUUGAAACUAGGUAGGUAUAAACAGUGAGAACAAACUGUUUCCCCUAAAAUAAUAGCCAGAUGUAUAAACAAAAUUUAUUGAAGAACAAAAAACACAAAAGUAAAAAAUUUACUAGUUUGAAAUGCACCUUUUACCAGAUUUCUAGGAAUUUGGUAAAUGCAAGGUUCUAGAAAACUUUCAAUGCAUUUUGAUACUUCAUAGUCUCUUAUGUCAUUCUUAUGACCUCCUAUAAGACUAAGAGUUAUCUUUGGACUGUAGGAUUUCAGGGUUUUUUUGAAAACAUAUUUGAUUUUUUAUUUUAUUUCUAAUGAUAACCCUCUGUCAUUUUAGACAUAAACAGUACAUAUCUUUAGAUAAGUAAAUAACUAAUUUAAUAAUUAAUACAUAAAUAUUUUAAGUAUGUAAAUAAUUACUACUCCCUGUCAGAAACAGAACAAAAGUAAGUUUUACUAAACAGCUCAUGGCCCUCAUUCUGCCAGUGAGGAAGCCUUCAACACAGUGUGAUACUCAUUCUUUGAUGUAAUGGCUUUCGCUUAAUGCUGUAGUAUAAUCACUUUAAAAAGUUAAAUGACCCCUCUCAAUCACCUAGUUAUCCCCAGGGAAUACACUGGCAUAGAGAACCUAUUUACACUAAUAAAUUACCAAGCUUUGUUGUUCAUAAUAAGUAAAACUUGUAUUGCUCUCUUUGUGUGGACAACUUCAUCAAUGCUUUUUGAAUUAUAAAUUCCAACAAAUUAAACGACAGUUAUCCGAUCAGAUUCCUGAAUAUGAGCACUGAACCAUUAAUCAUACUGAUAUGUACUACUGACAAAGGAAAUCUGUGAGGUACACAUGAUCGAUGGGUAUGGGGCCAUGAAGAUCUUGAACAACUUCACCAGAAGGUUGGAAAUCAAGACUUUACAGAUUCUUUUGUAAAAAGCACACGUGCAAAAACAAAAAUAGAACUAACAAUGCUAUUUAAAGAUACAAAAGAAUUGCAGUCCAUAGAUUGGUGUUUGUAAAUAUGGCGUUUUUCUCAUCCUUAUUAAACCCUUAGUAUACAGGAUAAAUAAAUUCUCACCUGUUUAAUUUUAAUGCAAUUGAAACACACACCUUUUUGAAGAGAGAAAUUCACAUGUAAACCUACUAGUUAGCAAUGGGAAGCUAUAUAAGUUUAAGGGAUAGACUUAUCCCUGGUUUCUUCUUGCACUGUAUGAUAUUGCCAAAAUUUGGGGCAGUCACAUAUUGACUUUCCAGGUUUAUUCUUCUGUUUCAGAAAAAAGUGCUCAGUGUGAAUUUGGAAUGUUGUUUUAUGUAUCGUUGUGGAUCUCUCAGUGUUUAACAUGGUGCCUUGUGUAUGGUAAAUGCUACGUAAAGAGGGAUCAAUGAAUUCUUUCCUUCUCAAACAUUUAUCUUAUACCUUAUGCGUUCAUAUUAUCAUUAUAAAGAGAGCUCAAGAACCCAAUAAAAUUAUGUGUUGCCA